UAGGUGCUGCUCUCUUCGGUGCGCACCAAAAUACACUUCACACUCCUCGUUUUGUACCAGGCAUCCCGAAUCUUGCUAGCAUCCCACCGUUCAGAGGAUUAACGGUUCAGUCGGACUAAUAUAACGAUUGAAAAAUAAUCCUUCUUUUUCAAUCAACUUACUUUUACCUCUUUUUAAUUAAAAUUACCUCGAUAUCUCGUAUUUCUCGCUCUAAAGCUGACAUCAAUCGUUAUACUCAGUUUGAGUCUUGAAAAACUCGAUUUUUUUUGUAUUUUGUUUAAAUAUUUAAAUACUUAGCAUCUUGGAUCUCGAAGUAUCAUGGCGAACACCACGCUUUAACGUAAAGUAACGUACAUCUAGAAUCGCAGAAAAUUCGAAUAAAAUAAAGUAAUAAAAUAAACUUACUAUAAAAUCUUGUUAAUUUAUUUUAUUUCCUGUGAAAAAGCAAUAAAUAUCUCAGCAAUGACGCGAUCCGCUAGGAAUGGAAACCCUUCAAAUGGAGAUGAUAAAUCCGAUAAAACUCCUGAAAACCCUGUGGUAAUUACCCCCCGAAAUCCAGCAACUCAUAAACGAACAAGUCCAACAACAGCUACUAAACCUGCUUAAAGGUAAUUUAUCAAAUUUAUCGUCCGAGCAACAAGCGUUUGUAGACGCAGAUAAAGCUUAUAUUACGCCAACAUUCGCCAUACGUCAAAUGCAGGAGCACGAAAAGUUGCAAGGGCACCGUAACUUUCGAACAUGGAAAAGUAUGGUGGAGUUAGAUUUGAGAGCUCUGAAUCUAUUACCGUUUAUAACCUCCAGAUGUGGAGAGGACAUUUUCGUCUCACCAUCUAGGCGCGUCACUCUGGAUGCACAGGCGCUUCAGUAUGUAAGAGCAUCAGUGGGAAAAUCUGUUCAAAGUAGGCUAAAUGAUGUGCACACGGCAUUCGACGCAUACGAGGCAUUAUGCAAAAUGUUUGAUACAAAUAAGAUUAUGCAGUACGUAGAUCUGCAUAAUGCGUUCGUGCGCCUAAGAUUCCGGCCUCAUUUUGAUGCAUCCAGGUUUAUUUCCGACUUCGAUCAACUAAUUACAGAAUACGAAUCAAUGAUUGGGAUUAAAUUUCCCGAAUUAUACGUUUCCACAAUGUUCCUACAGAAGAUUGAUGGCAUUUACGAUGCGAAUUCGCCAUACUCUACCUUUUAUUCCACGAUCGUUUCAUUACCUGAUGAAACUGCAACACUUGAAUACAUUAAAGAACGUUUUUCUCGAUUAGCUCAGUCCACUAAGAAAUCAACUCCGAACCAAACUGCCACGAAUUCAUCAACCAAUAAACCAACCAAUUUGACCUCGAAACAACCACCAAAACGUCCGCAUUCGUCUGAUAAACCUGAAACCGAUCAACCAAAAGUAAAAACCAUGAAAUCGAAGUAUACGACCGAACAAAUUGAGCAGUUGAAGAAAAUGUCGAGUGCAGAGAAAGCUGCCAUCCGAUGCGGAAAAUGCAGCGAUUACUUUCAUAAGGAAGCUGAUUGCAAAAAUUCUGGUCGUCGGUGCUACAACUGUGAUGUUUACGGGCAUGAGGCGAAAAACUGCACACAGAAAAAGAAAGAGAAAGGUAAAACUAAUACUGAAUAAAAAUAAAGAAGACGAAAAUCUCGAAUCCUGAUCAAAACAGACUGACUGAUAAGACUACUUGCUACUCACUCACGUAUUCGAAGAUUAUCCUGUAUAAUAAUUUACUUUAGUAUUAAUACUUGUCUUUAAAGUAUGACUGAUUUAUUCGUAUUUUUAUACUCGUAUCAUAUCGUAUCACUUUAAUAAAUCUUCUUAUUCUGAUCUA